AUGCUUCCCUUGUUCCUUCUUCCUAAGCUCACGUUUCUCCCCCCUCUCCAAACCCCCGUCCCUCUCCUUUCAUCUCUCCUCUCAUCUUCCUCCAACAUCGCCUUCCCUGCACCUCUCGAGAGGGAGUGCAGCAUAUGCGGAGUGGAGAUAGUGGACAAUGCACGCCCCAUACAGUCACAUCCGUUCACAGGCAACACCGCUUUUCUCCUAGGCAACGAGGGCACGGGGCUUUCCCCCACGGAGCUAGCAGUGUGUGACUCGUUUGUCUACAUCCCGCAGCAUGGCCCCGGGACUGCGUCGCUCAACGUCAUAGUCGCUGCCUCCAUCGUCCUGCACCACUUUGCUGUCUGGGCCCAAUACCCUGAGCGGGAGCGGGAAGGUGCGAAAUUUUCAGUGGCUGCCCGGCCACUGAGAAGGGGCCCUCGCAAUCGCUGCCCGGAAGAUCCUGCUGAGCUGACAGCUCGGCGGCAAGGCAGGCAGGAAGCAGCUGAUAGUGACACGUGGCAGGAUUUCGAGGAUGGGUCACUGGGAUUGCUGGAAGGGGAGGAGGGGGAUGGCGAGUCAUGA